CCCCACAGGAGGAGGAGUUUGACUUCGAUGUUGCCGAGGACUUGGGGCCACUGCAGUUUGUGAAACUCCACAAACAGCACACAGUGGUGGACGACGCCUGGUUCUGCAACCUCAUCGCGAUUCAGGCGCCCGGAACAAGCGCGGAGGCAGUGUUCCCCUGCUACCGCUGGGUGCAGGGAGAGGGAGUACUAAGCCUGCCCGAGGGUACAGCCCGCCUGGCAGGAGACAAUGCCUUGGAUGUCUUCCAGCAGCAUCGAGAGAAGGAACUGAAGGAGAGACAGCAGAUCUACCGCUGGGCCACCUGGAAGGAAGGCUUACCUCAGACAAUAGCGGCCGACUGUAAGGAUGACCUGCCUCUCAAUAUGAGAUUCCACGAGGAGAAGAGGCUGGACUUUGAAUGGACGCUGAAGGCGGGGGUUCUGGAAAUGGGUCUCAAACGUGUUUACACCCUCCUGAGAAGCUGGAGCCGUCUGGAAGACUUUGAUCAGAUCUUCUGGGGCCAGAAGAGUGCCUUGGCUGAGAAGGUUCACCGGUGCUGGCAGGAUGAUGAGCUUUUUGGCUACCAGUUCCUCAACGGUGCCAACCCCAUGCUGUUGAGACGCUCCGCCUCUCUGCCCUCCAGGCUGGUACUGCCCUCUGGGACAGAGGAGCUCCAAGCCCAGUUGGAGAAAGAACUCCAGAAUGGUUCCCUGUUUGAAGUUGACUUUAUUCUGCUGGAUGGGAUUCCAGCCAACGUGAUCCGAGGAGAGCAGCAGUACCUGGCUGCCCCUCUUGUCAUGCUGAGGAUGGACCCCAGUGGGAAGCUGCUACCCAUGGCUAUCCAGAUUCAGCCUCCCAGUUCCAGCUCCCCAGCUCCAACAUUGUUCCUGCCCUCAGAUCCUCCUCUUGCCUGGCUCUUGGCUAAGAUCUGGGUCCGAAGUUCAGAUUUCCAACUGCAGGAGCUCCAGUUCCAUUUGCUGAACACUCAUCUGGUGGCUGAGGUCAUCGCUGUUGCCACCAUGAGGUGCCUCCCAGGACUGCACCCUAUCUUCAAGCUCCUAGUUCCCCACAUCCGUUACACUAUGGAAAUCAACACACGAAGCCGGACCCAGCUCAUCUCAGAUGGGGGAAUAUUUGAUCAGGUAGUGAGCACAGGAGGAGGGGGCCACGUUCAGCUGCUCAAUCGGGCAAUGGCCCAGCUGACUUACUGCUCCCUCUGUCCUCCUGACGACCUGGCUGACCGAGGCCUGCUGAGACUCCCAAGUGCUCUCUAUGCUCAGGAUGCUUUGCAGCUCUGGGAAGUCACUGCCAGGUACGUGGAAGGGAUGGUCCACCUCUUCUACCAGAGUGACGACAUUGUGAGGGGAGACCCAGAGCUGCAGGCCUGGUGUCGGGAGAUCACUGAGGUGGGGCUGUGCCAUGCCCAGGACAGAGGUUUCCCUGUCUCCUUCCAGACCCGGGCUCAGCUGGGCCAUUUCCUUACCAUGUGUAUCUUCACGUGCACUGCCCAGCAUGCUGCCAUCAACCAGGGCCAGCUGGACUGGUUCGGUUGGGUACCUAAUGCUCCAUGCACAAUGAGGAUGCCCCCACCCACCAACAAGGAAGGCGUUACUAUGGAGACGGUGAUGGGCUCACUACCCGACAUUCACAAGUCCUGUCUUCAAAUGACCAUCACAUGGCAUCUGGGUCGCCUCCAGCCAGACAUGGUACCCCUAGGACAACACAAAGAAAAAUAUUUCUCAGAUCCCAGGACCAAAACUGUGCUCAGCCGAUUUCAAGCAGAUUUGGGGAAUUUGGAAAGAGAGAUUAUAGCCCGGAAUGAGCAACUUGACCUGCCCUAUGAAUACCUCAAGCCCAGCCGCAUAGAGAACAGUAUCACCAUCUGA